GUGGCAUUAAGUGUCCUGUUUGCAGCUUUGUGUACGGUACAAAAUGGGAGUUCAACAGGCAUCUUAAAAACAAGCAUGGAAUGAAGCUAGUGGAACAUGAUGGGGAGACCAAGUGGGAGUUAACUGCUGAAGUUUCUGAAGAAGCAUCCACUCAGUAUCUCCAUAUCACAGAGACUGGAGAAGAUGUUCAAGGCACUCAAGCUGCUGUAGCUGCAUUACAGAACCUUAGAUACACUUCUGAGAAUGGUGAAAGACUUGAUCCAACGGCUGUAAACAUCCUGCAGCAAAUCAUUGAGUUGGGGUCAGAAAGCCAUGAUGCCACAGCAGUUGCCUCUGUGGUUACCAUGGCACCUGGCACUGUCACAGUGGUAAAGCAGGUAAAAGAAGAGGAGCAGUCAGCCAACCACACUUUGAUGAUUCAGGAGACACUGCAGCAGGCUUCAAUGGAGCUGUCUGAACAGCAUCACCUGGUGGUCUCAUCAGAUGAGGUGGAGGGAAUUGAGACAGUGACUGUCUACACACAGGGUGGAGAGGCUUCAGAAUUCAUCGUCUACGUUCAGGAAGCUAUGCAGCCUGUAGAGGAACAGACAGUGGAACAGUCGGUGCAGGAGCUCUAG